AUGGCGCCAGAUAGCCAGAAUUUUGAUAAUGACGAAAACGCUCCGCCGAACCAGAUCCCUCUCCAAGAUCUCUCGAAACCGGGAGAAGCGCUUAACGAGCGUGGGAGAAGCCGCGCGGGGACCGGUCUCUUCUCACGACAAUCAUUGAUCAGGAGGGGUUCGCGAAGGAAUUAUGAGAGUGUUGCGAAAGAGUCUCCAGUUGAUUCGGCUGGACCGAGCAGGAAUCCAUUCCCACCAUCACAAACGAGCUAUACUGAGAUUUCUUCCCCGCUUGAUGACCUGGGUGGUUUCGCGCAAGCGAUAUCAUCGGUUGGUCUCAGUUUCAAUGGGCCACAAUCAAGAGCAUCGCCCUCCGACCCAUCAGCAAGCCGUGGCUUUGACGAUUCUGCUUCCGACCUUGACGUUGUACCUCUAGACUCUUAUGAUCCCCACGACCCCCACGGCUACAACCCCCCAGCAGACGAAGAUGAUACGGUACGGUUGACCGACCCUCGAUAUUUACAACCAAUGAGCGGUGCUGCCGGUGCAGAAGAGCGACGCAGCACUGACACAGGUUACUCUGGGAAUUUCGGUGGUUCAAGACUGGGUGAUGAUCUUCCUCACCUGGAGGAUGGGAUGGGAAGCCGUCGUGGUAGCAGUGUCCGGGAUCGAUCGCGUUCUUUAUCUCCAUCGGCGUCCAGCGGGGCUCUGCAACGCGCUAGCUCAAUGGUCAAAUCCAUGUCGCAGCGAGUGGUCAACCUGAGUAACGAACCGGAAGUCGUACAGCAAACGAUUGAGAGGGAGGAGCUUGAUAAAAAUGCGCGAAUGGACGGACCUCCGGUCUUGCCCGCCAUGAUAGACUAUGCCCAUGUCUCCAGCCAACAGACUCAAGCAGCUCGAGAGAAGCGUUCCUCCAGCAGGUUAUGGAGGGAUCGGAACAAUCCAUUUAAAGGCAGGUCACUUGGAAUCCUGGGACCGAAUCACCCUCUCCGACUUUGGCUGUGUGAUAUCCUCGUGAAUCCGUUCAUGGAGCCCUUCAUCUUGAUUGUUAUUGUCAUCCAGACCGUCUUGUUGACCGUUGAAGAUGCGCUCCCUAAUUACCCAGAUUCAGUGACAUGGGGAAGCAGCAAGUUUGAUUGGGUUUUCUUAGCCAUUUUCAUCAUUUACACACUUGAGAUAGGCUCUAAGAUCUUGGUAUCCGGGCUUAUUCUCAACCCUGUCGAGUACAGCACACUUAAUCGCAACCUCGGCAUCAGGAAAGCAAUCGCGGAGAAGGGCAGGAACCUGAUCACACCGCAUCGCCAGACGACGAUCAAGAAAGCAUCGAUGCUUCAGGCUGAGCCCCAAGCUUCAAUCCUGCGAACAUUUACAGGGAUGAACGGUUUGGACCCGGAAGUCUAUGAUGAUCCUCUACACAAACGUCGCGUUCGGCUCGCCCAUCGCGCAUUCCUUCGACACUCUUUUAACCGGCUUGAUUUUGUAGCCGUGGUCGCUUUUUGGGUAUCAUUUCUCCUUUCAGUCUCGGGUGUUGAGAAAACACACCAACUGUACAUCUUUCGCAUGUUAAGCUGUCUCCGAAUUCUACGUCUCCUUGCCAUGACCAACGGCACUUCAGUAAUUCUUCGAAGUCUUAAGCGAGCAGCUCCUCUACUCGUCCAUGUUGCAUUUCUCAUCGGUUUCUUCUGGCUUCUUUUCGCCAUCAUUGGCAUCCAGAGUUUCAAAUCCAGUUUCAGGAGAACUUGUGUCUGGAUUGAUCCCGCAGGUCAGAGCAAUUACACAUUGAAUGAUCCAUGGGACAAAUUGCAAUUUUGUGGCGGGUACCUGAACCAGACGGGAGGAGAAAUGCCAUGGCUUAACACCGAUGGUAUGGACGCAGGGUUCAGCCCCAAAGGAUAUAUUUGUCCUCAAGGUUCUGUAUGCAUGGAAGGUGUCAAUCCUUACCAUGGAACUAUGAGCUUUGACAACAUCCUGCACUCCCUGGAGUUGGUCUUUGUGAUCAUGAGCUCCAAUACAUUUACCGAUCUGCUCUACUAUACCACUGACACUGACUACCUCGCUACGGCCCUGUUCUUUGCCUGUGGGUUUGUCAUUUUGAGCUUGUGGUUGGUGAACUUGCUGGUCGCGGUUAUCACACACUCAUUCCAAGUGAUUCGAGAAGAGAGCAAGCGCAGCGCUUUUGCCGUCCAAAAACUUGAUGCUGUCGACGAAGAUGACACAACGCCUCGCAAAGACAGUGCUCUCAAGCGUAUAUAUGAUCAAACUGAGUGGAUUUGGGUCUGCCUCAUCAUCUUCGACCUUAUCGUGCAAGCCCUGAGAAGCUCGACUAUGUCUGCCGGUCGAACCCGAUUUAUCGAUACUACUGAGACUGUUGUCACGAUCAUUUUUCUGGUCGAGAUUAUCUUACGAUUCGCCUCGGAUUGGCGCAUGUUUCAUCGAAGGCGUCGUAACUUAACAGACCUUUUGCUUGUAAUCAUUACCUGCACCAUCCAGAUACCGCCUAUCAGGAACUCAGGUCGUGCAUACACAGUUCUCACCUUGUUCCAGAUCCUUCGGGUCUACCGUGUGGUAUUGGCUUUCUCUGUGACCAGAAAACUGAUCGUGAUUGUAUUCCGCAAUACUGUCGGUCUGCUCAACUUGAUAUUUUUCCUAUUCUUGAUGACCUUUUUAUCUGCCAUUUUCGCAACACAGCUUUUUCGAAGCCAGAUCCCAAAUUCAGAUCCAGGUGGCACGACGAUCAUGAUCACGUUUUCGAAUAUCUACAACUCAUUCCUGGGAAUGUACCAAAUUCUGUCGAGUGAGAAUUGGACCACGAUUCUUUACAAUGCAACCGCAUAUACGACCGGCUUCAACACAGCCUGGAUCUCGGCAGCAUUCAUUAUUCUUUGGUUCAUUGUGUCCAACUUCAUCAUCCUAAACAUGUUCAUUGCUGUCAUUCAGGAAAGCUUCGAUGUUUCAGAAGAUGAAAAACGAAUGCAUCAGGUCAGGGCGUUUUUGGAACAGAAGCAACUCCAUGGAGCACCCCAAGGAAACCUAGCGCUCUCGAAAAUCCUUCGUAUGGGCCGGGAUUCAGCCCGGUACAAAGAUCCACUUGACCAUGGUCCUGCGGCGUUGGAAAUGUUGCUGAAAGACGCCGUGGUGCAAGAGUUCCUUGAUGAAGAAGAAACCAGGCAACAAGAACGGGAAAGACCGAAGGACUCACGAAGGGUGAGCACAAUGCCAGAAGGCGGGACUCAAGAGAUAAUUCAACCAGGCUGGAUUUCACUUCUAUGGACGAAAGCCACCACGCUCGUUAUGCGGAGGGAACCAAAUCCUUUCUACUCGAAGCUGAAGUUUUCACGUGCUUACGAGGAGUUGGAUCCGAGAACCAUGGCAAGAGAAGUUGUUACUGCGGCAGAGCAGAGAAAACGGGAUCAGCGAGCAUACCUCGUGAAACACCCUAACUAUAACAAAUCACUGUUUCUUUUCUCGCCGCAUAAUUUCGUUCGGAAAAUUUGUCAACGAAUUGUCGGCCCAGGACGCGGUCACCAACGAGUUGAGGGUGUGGAUCCAUACAAGCCAGUGUGGUAUGCGUUCUCUGCUUUCAUUUAUGCAGCCAUUGUCGCCAUGGUGCUUCUCGCCUGCAUUACAACCCCCUUGUAUCAGCGGCAGUAUUUCCGCACUGACCGCAACUGGUUCGUCUAUACUGACUUGGGCUUUGCCGUUGUGUUUACUGUUGAAGCAACGAUCAAGGUGAUUGCCGAUGGUUUCUUCUGGACGCCGAACGCAUUUUUCCGCAGUUCCUGGGGAUUCAUUGACGGAAUCGUGUUGAUCACGCUGUGGGUCAGUGUCGGUGGCUCGCUCAAACAGGACUGGAGUGUUUCCAGAGCCAUUGGCGCCUUCAAAGCGCUGAGGGCGCUGCGUCUUUUGAACGUCAGUGACAGCGCAAAGGACACUUUCCAUUCUGUCAUCAUUGUCGGGGGAUGGAAGGUCAUUGCUGCUGCUGCCGUUUCUAUGAGUUUCCUCAUACCGUUCGCAAUUUAUGGAGUCAAUCUGUUCAACGGGCAGAUGGCCAGUUGCAAUGAUGGUGGGUUUUCUGGGAACUUGACCAACUGCGUCAAUGAAUAUUCCAGCUCGCCAUACAAUUGGAACGUGCUUGCUCCACGAGUGGCUGGGAACUCUUAUUAUGAUUUCGAUAAUUUUGGUGACUCCCUCUUCAUUCUGUUCCAGAUUGUCUCCCAAGAAGGCUGGGUCGACGUACAAGAAGCUGCAAUGAGUAUCACUGGAAAGAUGACCCAACCGCAAGAUCUAGUGGCGCCAGAGAACGGGUUAUUCUUCGUGGUGUUCAACUUACUUGGAGCUGUGUUUGUUCUGACACUCUUUGUGUCUGUGUUCAUGCGCAAUUACACAGAACAAACCGGCGUUGCCUUCCUAACUGCCGAGCAACGUUCCUGGUUGGAAUUGCGGAAACUUCUCCGACAGAUAUCGCCCUCGAAACGAUCCUUUGAUGACAAGAGCAAGAAGUUGCGGCUGUGGUGUUAUCGAAUUUCGGUUAAGAAGCAUGGUCGGUGGGCAUGGUUCGUGACUUGCGUCCUUGUAGUUCACCUGCUAUUACUUGUGCUGGAAUACUAUCCCGAACCCGCCUGGUGGGAGAUGCUACGAGCCAUUAUAUUCCUGGCAUUCAUGUUUGUCUACGUUGCGAAUGUCUUAAUCCGACUGAUUGGCCUUGGGUGGCAUCGAUUUAGCCGAAGUUCAUGGGAUCUGUACUCUCUCAUCGCCGUCCCUGGCGCUUUCAUCACCUCCGUCCUUGACAUUUCAUACCGUGAAAGAAGUCAUGCCGUGGUGGAGCUCAACAAGCUUUUCCUCGUGUCUGUUGCUCUGCUGCUUAUUCCAAGGAACAACCAGCUUGAUCAGCUAUUUAAGACAGCGGCAGCUAGUCUGUCCGUGAUUGGAAAUCUUCUAGCUACCUGGUUCGUCCUGUUCUUGGUGUUUGGUAUUGCGAUGAACCAGGCGUUCGGCCUUACCAAGUUCGGCGAAAAGGAGGAUCACAACCAGAAUUUCCGCGAUGUGCCCAAAUCACUGAUCCUGCUUUUCCGAGCAAGUUGCGGAGAAGGAUGGAACGAAUUCAUGGAGGACUUCGCUACGAUGACUCCGCCCUUGUGCACGCAUAACUCCAACUUCCUCGACGACGACUGUGGAAGCGCGCCGUGGGCCCGAACUCUCUUCAUUGCAUGGAACCUGAUCAGCAUGUACAUCUUCGUCUCGCUGUUUGUUUCAUUGAUUUUCGAAAGUUUCUCCUAUGUCUACCAGCGGAGCAGCGGACUGUACGCGAUCAGUCGUGAAGAGAUCCGCCGGUUCAAGCAGGCGUGGGCCACGUAUGAUCCAGAUGGGACGGGCUUUAUAUCCACGGAGCAGUUCCCUCGACUACUCGGUGAGCUCUCUGGUGUCUUUGCAAUGCGAAUCUACGAGGGAGAGUUCUCGGUUGGAAGUAUCCUGGAAAAAUGCCGGAUUGACCCUCAGCGGAACUCGAUGGGUUCUUACGCAAGAAAUUCGAUGGUCUCGCUGGCUGAGCCACGAUACUCAAUGCGGCCAAACUCUCGUGUCUCGUAUGGUGUGGAUAUCGACGAGCUCUCUCGGAUCAUAUCACGGAUUCCAGUCCAAAGCAUUCGAGAGCGGCGCAGACGAUUGAAUGCCUUCUACGAAGAGAUCCUUGUGUCAGCAGACCCCGAUCGCGGCAUCUCCUUCCACCAGUGCUUAAUGAUCCUCGCACAUUACAAUGUUAUUAGCGAUAGCAAGAGUCUACGCCUCGAAGAAUUCCUACGUCGUCGAGCACGGCUGCAGCGGGUGGAAGAGGCUGUCCGUCGAAACACCGUCGUCGGUUUCUUCGAUACACUAUACUGGUCACGCGAAUUCCGCCGCAAGAUUGACCGCAAGAAGAGCGGCCGGAUAAGCGUGGUCCCGACAUUCACUGUGCCGGAGAUCUUUGUCGACGAUCCAGUCGACGACCCCGAGGAGCACGACCAGCCAGGUUCCGGCGCGAUCACACCCCAGACACAACCCGAGUUGGACGGAAACUUCCCCCUAUGCUCUCACCGACGAGCCGAAUCCAGCCCAACUGGAAACCGCAAUGCCCUGCCUCGCAUCAAUACUAACCUGAGCGGGUCAGCAUCUGGCUCCAGCACACCUACGAGGGAGUGGUCGAGUAUCAGUCCCUCAAUCACGCCGCGUCAAAUGUAUGGGGAGCGCACUUCGGUCGACACUAGCGAAACGCACGAGGCGUCUUCGGUUUCCGAUACUUCGCGUCAUAACAGUGGUAUGAAUGUACAGGAUGUCAUGCAUUCGCUAGACAACUCCGCCUGGGGUGAGAGUAUCCGACGAAGCUUCACGCAGCGACGGUCGGGCGAUCGCAGUUCUGAAUAA